AUGUCAUUUUAUCUAUUCCCUCGAAUAAUCAUUUUGUUAUUAGGUAUCAUACUUUAUCUCCCAACAUCUCAAGCAGCAGCAAAUCCAUUCAACGCCCAUUCAACACUUUUACGAAGAUCGGUAACUACAGACCCUAAUUCAGCUCAAGGUAAAAGUUUCGAUUUCGUCAUUGCUGGUGGAGGUCUAGCUGGGUUGGCUAUCGCUACUAGAUUAAGUGAAUGGGAUAAUGUUACUGUUUUGGUCGUUGAGGCAGGGAUGGAUGGAAGUCAAGUAGCUGAUCAAAUACAAACGCCCGGAUAUAGUUAUUUGAAAUCUCUUACUGGUUCAGCAUACGAUUGGGCUUAUACCACCGUUGCUCAAACCGACUCUCUAGGUCUGACGAAAUACUGGCCUAGAGGGAAAGUUUUGGGUGGUUCAGGAGCUAUCAAUGGGAUGUUUUGGGGAAGAGGUUCAGUAGAGGAUUAUGAUGCUUGGUCUACUCUAAACCCAAAUGCUGCAGAGACUUGGAACUGGGAAGAAAUGUCAAAGUAUAUCAACAAGGCUGAAAACUUCUCUACACCUAAUGCCUCCGUCCAGGAAACGUUUGGUAUGCAACUUAAUACUUCUGCACAUGGUUCAGGGGGUCCUAUACAGACUGGGUUCUCGGAAUACAUAUACAGCGCUGUAGCGAACUGGAUCCCAUCAUGGAAAAACCUCGGUUUCACAGCCAUGGAUCUCUGGAAUGGUAACGUCAACGGAGUCAUGAUCUGUCCUUCGACCAUCAACAUGCACAACGAAACUCGAUCCGAUUCGUACUAUGGCUACAUCCAACCCCUCCCGCCGAGAUCAAACCUGGUCAUUUUGACUGGUUUUCAGGUUACUCAGGUUAUUUUCAACGGGACGAGUGAUUCGAAUGGGAAUAAAUAUGCCUCUGGUCUCAAGUUUAAGGCUAGUGCAACGGAUACGGAGUAUGCUGUACAGGCGAACAAAGAGGUGAUCUUAGCCGGCGGGACUGUCGGAUCCCCUCAAAUCCUUCAACUAUCCGGUAUCGGUCCAGCUUCUCUACUCCAAAGUCUCAAUAUCAACGUAGUGGUCGAUCUACCCGUUGGUUAUAACCUACAAGAUCAUGUUUCUUAUUCCAUGUAUUGGUCUGUUCCAUCGGGUACCAAUACUUGGGGUACUUUGGCGAAUUCUGAUACGUUGAAAGCGUCUGCUUUGACGGAAUAUCAGACGAGUGAUACUGGUCUGUGGACUUUUAUCAAUGAGGCUGUAGGAUACGUCAGCAUGUCCGAUAUCACCAGCACUCAAAACGCCUCUGACUACGCUUCCAACGUUCAAUCCCAAAUGUCCACAUUACUCUCCGAUAUGACUUCCUGGCAAGAUCUUCCCAACAACGUCGUCACUGGUCUUCAAGCUCAAUACGCCCUCCAACAUGGUUAUCUAACUUCCAACAAUGGUCAACUUGAAGUCAUUCUCACCAUGCUCGGACCUAAUCUCGCCGCUGAUCAAGUCGGUAUACAAGUCGCACUUCAACAUCCAUGGUCUCGAGGAAAAAUAAUGAUAACUUCCAAUGACCCUUUCACAAAACCUUCUAUCGAUCCUAAUUAUUUCGGAGUAGGAUAUGAUAUCGAUAUUCUCAAUUACGGUUCUCAAUUCGCACGAAAAUUAGCUUCGACAGCUCCUUUGAACACUGUGACAAUCACCGAGACAUUACCAGGAGCUACAGUAGUCGGUGACGCCUUGAGCAAUUAUACAAAACAAAAUUGCGGUACGGAAUAUCAUCCAUUAGGUACAUGUAGUAUGUUACCUAAAGAUUCAGGUGGUGUGGUCGAUACCACUUUGACGGUUUACGGUACGAAUAAUUUAAGAGUCAUGGACGCUUCCAUCAUGCCGCUUCAAAUAUCAGCACAUUUGAUGGCUUCGACUUAUGGAAUAGCUGAGAAAGGAUCGGAUAUCAUCAAAAAUCGUUGGAUGAAGGUUUUGGUGACUAAUACCACCAGUAAUGCCACCACCACUUCGGAUACCGCUACGGCAGGCACGGCGACGGAUACAAGUGUGACAAAGGCUGGGGAUAGUAAUGCUAGUAAAGGGAUAAGUACGGGAGGGAAGAUUGCUAUUGGUGUUUGUGCGGGAUUGGCAGCUUUGGCUAUUCUUGGUGUUUUGGUGAGUCGAGUUAUCCUCUUGUUUCUGGUAAUCAACUUGGUAGCUCGUCGUCCAUUUCUCCCAAAGUCGCCACUAGGAAGAAGUCUCCUGAGCCUCAUUACACGUCCAUUCACUUUCUGUCUCGUUCUCUAA